AUGUUGGCUUCGCUUCCGCAAAUGGAGACGGUGCGAUCACUUCCCCGGACUCCCGACGUUAUCACACGCCACCCCUCGGCGGAGGAUUUGGAUGCUGCUCAGCAGUUAAUCUCGUCGGCCCAGGCCGGUCGGGAACACCAAGUCGAUCGUCACUGGGAGGACAGCGCAGCUCGGAAAUUUGAACCUGAUGUCGCUCGUAAUGGCUAUGAACAAGAUAGUUAUCUCGAUGGAUCUACACAACGUUGGCCAGAGUCGUCCAUGGGUGACUACGCCCCCGAGCAAAGCACAUCGCCCAAGUCUCAGAAGGAUACUUCAUUUUUGGGACAUUCAUGCAGUAACUGCGGCACAAAGAGUACCCCAUUAUGGCGACGAUCCCCGACUGGUGCGAUGAUUUGUAAUGCCUGUGGUCUCUAUCUCAAGGCCCGCAAUGUCGCUCGCCCAACCAAACGAAACCGUGUACAAUCAGGCCCCGAAACUGCUCAACACUCGAGUAUUCCGAUAGCCCCUCAGCAAGAAGCAGCUACCCCAACGUCGGAAGGAGGAUGCCAUGGCAAGGGCUCUUGCCCCGGUGGUGGGAAUUGCGACGGCACUGGAGGGGCAGAGGGAUGUGACGGAUGUCCGGCCUACAACAACCGUGUGUACAAAUCAGCACCUCGAGGGGCAGUUCCGGUCCACGCUUGGAAUCGUGCUCCAAUCCCAGAAAGCGAAAAACCCCUCCCAUUGCAGGACACUGAAACGCCGACCAAAAAUCCCGCACCACCGACAGAAGGCGGUAAUUUGCUAGUUUCUUGUCAGAACUGUGGGACGACGGUGACACCGCUUUGGCGACGCGACGAGAAUGGCCAUCCCAUUUGCAAUGCUUGUGGUUUGUAUUACAAGCUCCACGGCUGUUAUCGGCCUACGACAAUGAAGAAAACCAUCAUUAAGCGGCGGAAACGGGUUGUGCCCGCGCUGCGGGAUCAGUCGCCAACUGGGGCUACCCAGUCGUCCAAUGGAUCGUCCGCAUCACCCGAGGCGUCACCUGCCGCACUGGCACACGGUUACGACGACCACUACAGAUAUAUGAGCUCUGAACCGAUGGACCACCACCACCCCAUGUCGACAGGGAGAAUCUCGCCGCAAGCAAUCCAGCGACCAUUUGCUUUUGCUCCGCCUCCAGUCGACUUCACAGGGUACUCUGCCGGAACGGUCUCUUUACCACACCACCCUCCCCCUCCUAGGCUCUUGGAACCUGAAAGAAUGGCGCCUGGUCAUUCCCCUAAUUCACAAUUCGGCCGCCGAUCCGUCUCUCCUAAUCCCUCUAAUCCCAAAAAGCGGACUCUCGCUGAAACUGCAUCAUCUGCUGAGGCCAUGUCUGUCCCAACCACCUUGGAGUCUGGAUCAAACCAACUUCCUCCCAUUAUGUCGUCGGGCAACCAAGCUCCGCCCGCUCGCCUCAGCUCCAUCUCCUCCCUCUUGAACCCUGGUGGUCGUGACGACUCACGACUGGACCCCUCCCUCGCCGCUCUCAGCCGCCAGCAACAGCCCGCUCAUCCUCACCAACAUCCUCCGCACCACCACCACCACCAAGCUCCUCCCCUUGCUCAUCCCCAGCCACCACAACAGCAAUUACCUGGCGUGGCCGAAUUGGAUGGUUUCAAGGCGGACCGACGCGCCAAAUUGCAGCGUGAAGCAGAGGAGAUGCGUGAGGCGCUGAGAGCCAAGGAGCGAGAGCUGGCGGAGCUCGCACAGCAAUGA